CCACGUUAUAUUUCUUGCUAAACAAGAAAUGCACAACUAUAAAUAACCUAAACUAAAUCAUCUAAACAACAUCUUAGCUUCACAUUACAAAUAAUAUCGAAUAAGCAAGCUACACAUUGAGUAAAGUAAAGACAUGGAAAAGGACAACGUUGUUUUGUUGGAUUUCUGGCCAAGCUCAUAUGGAAUGAGAGUGAAAAUCGCGUUGGAGGAGAAGAGAGUCUCAUAUGAGUGUAAGCAAGAAGAUUUUCAAGAUAAAAGUUCUCUUCUUUUAGAGAUGAACCCGGUUUACAAAAUGAUUCCGGUCUUGGUUCAUAAUGGAAAACCCAUAUGUGAAUCACUCAAUAUUGUUGAGUACAUUGAUGAGGCUUGGAAUCACAAACCUUCUCUUUUGCCCUCCGAUCCUUACAAGCGUUCCCAAGCCAAGUUUUGGGGAGAUUACAUUGACAAACAUAUAUACAACAUUGGAAAGAAGGUAUGGACAGGAAAGGGUAAAGAACAAGAAGAGGGUAAAAAGAAGUUUAUAGAAUGUUUGAAGACUUUAGAAGGUGAGCUUGGAGAGAAGCCAUAUUUUGGUGGAGAUGACUUUGGAUAUGUUGAUGUGGCUCUUAUUCCCUUCACAAGUUGGUUUUACACAUAUGAGACUUAUGGAAAACUAAGCAUAGAGGAAGAGUGUCCUAAGCUUGUGGCUUGGGCCAAAAGGUGUAUGGAAAAAGAGAGUGUGGCAAAGUCACUGCCUCACCCUCACAAAAUAUAUGGAUUUGCAAUGCAAUAUAAACAGAAUCAUGGACUUGAUUAGAUUUUGUUGCAGAUUGAAUGGGACUUUGCAUGCACAAAGAUUGAAGUAUUAUAUUAUAAAAUAUGAAUUUUAUUUGCAUAUAUUGCUAAUAUAAAAUAAGUUUAUGUUGUCAUGUAAUAAGUCCAUAAAGUAUUGUCGCCCAUUUUGAUUAAAUUAAAAUAUGAAGAAAAAUGUAUUAUUAGUUGGAGUUGUAAAAUAUUUGUUUUAUAAUGUAUCAAAACUAAAUUCAGUGUAUGUUUAGAUUUAUUGUUGAGAAGCCUUAUUUAGGUCCAUUCUUAACCGUUGGCAAGGCCUGUAAUGAAAAACCUAAGAAUGAUAUUAAGCGAAGAAGCAUAUCCAAAAGUAUAAUUUAUCCUCUUUA